GUGAGGAGAUAAAAGGAGAGCUGGGGGCUGGAGGGGGUGCCUCGCCCGCCCGGGAGAGCACAGAGCACGGGACAGCGGCACUGGACACAGGCGAGAAGGUGGGGAAACUGAGGCACAACGGUAUUGUUACUGGCACCCUAAAGUUGCAACAGGCCGAGGAGGGGGUGGCUAGGAUGGGGCUCCCGACCCUAGCCCUGGCUACCCUGCUGGGGCUGGUGGCGGCCACGCUGGCAGAAGUGGCCGAGAACAAGACCCGGCUCUGCCAGCCGGCUCCACUGUGGGAGAUCAACGGGACGGCCCCGAUGGCAGGGGCGCUGGGGCAGGUGACGGUGGUGGCCCUGCUGAAGGCCAGCUGACAGUUCUGCCUGAAGCAAGCCAACAGUCUCGGGGGCUUGCGUGAGAAGCUGUCCCAGGACGGGCUGGCCAACAUCAGCUACAUGAUCGUGAACGAGAAGGCGCCGCUCUCCAGGGCCAUGUUCUGGGAGCUGAAGCGCCUGGCCCCAGAGGGGGUCCCCGUUUACCAGCAGGAGAUCUUGGAGCCGGAUGUCUGGCAGAUCCUGGACGGGGACAAGGACGACUUCUUCAUCUACGACCGGUGUGGCCGGCUGGCUUUCCACAUCCCGUUACCCUAUAGCUUCCUGCACUUCCGCUACGUGGAGUCGGCCGUGCGCUUCACCUACGCCAAGGAUGUCUGUGGCAACUGCUCCCUCUACUCCAACAGCACCCAGGAGGCAAACGGCACAGCAGAGGGACUCAAGAGUCUCAGCCAGCCUCCUGAGCUGGAAGAGAAGGAACAGGAGCUGGCCCCCCACGAGAGCAAAGCCCACCGCCCUCACCACCACAGAGCCAGCAGCAACAGCGAUCCCCAGGCCUCCUCCCCCACCCACAGCCACCACCAAGAGCCCCCCCGGGGGCAGCAGCCGGAGGUGCCAGCACCCAAGGAGGAGGAGGAAGGGGAUGUGGCAUAAAGGGGGUGCCGCGUGCUGUGGAAAUGCCACAAGCUCACCGCAUGGCAGGAUGGCCAGGUUCAUUCACCAGUGUGGGACUCUGUCUCCCACGCACAGAUACCCCCGCCUGCACAGCGCUCCCCAGUGGUGGUGAAUGGCAUAGCGCUGCCCAAACAAAACCUCGAGUGUAGCACAAGCCCCUUUGGCACCAGGUACGGCCCUGCUAGGCCCCCCACCCCCGAGGCCCAUCCGCGCCUUUCCGCGUCCUUCCCUCUGCAUCGCAGCUGCCCGCGGGGAAUAUCCCCCGCCCCCAACACAUGGAGGCACUGCAGUCUCCCACCUUGGGGCCGAUUCUGAUCCCUUCCUCCACAGAUCCCGCUUGUCCGCGCUCAAUGAAGCCCGUGGCGCAAACCGGGCUCCCCCGGUCACCACGGGCCGACGCUGCGCAGAAAAGCAUGUCAGGGGAGUGGGAGUCAGAACCGUCCUCUGCCAGCGGGCAAGGGGCUGUGGGCGGUAGGGCUCUGGUCCUAUAACCCCGAGCCCCAGUCCCGUCCCCGCACCUGGAUGCUGCUACCCACACUGCUCCUGAGAAGGCAGCCGCUGGGGGACGGCAUGGGGCCGGGGGAAGGUUUGCUGUGACGUGAUGAAUGGGGCAGGAGGGUGGGAUGGGACAGUGGGCCCUACCUGUCAGCCCUCCCUGCCCCUCCCCCUACUCUGCCCCUUCCCAAAGCUCUCCCAGCCCCAUACAUCUGCUGUCCCUAUUUUUCUCCCCACAAGUCCCAGCCCUCCAGCUUUGGCCCUUGCCUCUCACAAACCCAUCAGCCAGGGUGGCAUCCAGGGGCUGCUACAUGGGGGCAAUUCGGGGUCCCAGACAGCUCAGCUCCUCGAGCCAGGGGAGCCGACCCCCAGGGGCGAGGGGGUGUGAUGGGUCGGCUGGGGACAGGGGAAAGAGCUGUUGCGCAGAACAGCCGUGCAAAUAAACCUCUCUGGCGUGAA